AUGUCGCACAACCGAAACCCUGAGGGACGAAACCAGUUCCCUCCAGUCCCCAAGGCCUCGGAUAAAUGGUUUGCCGACAUUCUUAGAGCCUAUCACAUGGCCGGAAUAUCGUCCAACAAGCACAUCCAGAGGCGACUAUCCGUUGAGCAUGGCAUUAACAUGCACAUAAACACAGUCAAGAAGCGUCGAAAUGAGCUCAAGCUCUAUGGCAGCCGCUCCAAACAGGUUACCUGGACCUUUGAAGAGGUACAACACCUCGUGUUACAGAUCCUUGAAACAGACCCUACCAAGAGUCAUGGCAAGUCCACUGUCCAAGACCUGAUUGCUUUUCGCUUCCAAAAGCACAUCCCCCGUCACCUUAUCACAGAUGUCAUGCACAUCCACGAUCCAGAAGGGUUUGUCUACCGCAGCCCCAAUUCCAAGCGUAUAUACCGCUUCAAGAAGGUUCCCGUCGGCAUACAUGAACGCUGGGCUGCAGACGGACACGACAAGCUCUCCCGGAUUGGCUUUCCUGUUUAUGCCUUUGUUGAUGAUGCAACAGGCCGCUGGCUGGCGGCAUGGGUUGUACCCAAUAACCGUUUGAAUAACGUGAUCGGGUAUCUGUUUCUCCUUCUCGUCGAGAAAUACAAAGGGCUCCCGCUUCAGCUCUCCAUGGAUUGCGGCUCUGAAACUACCCAAACCUUUGGGCUGGCCAAUGCUUUGCGCGAAAUCUUCGUUCCCGAAAUCCCUGUUGACGAGCUUCCAGCCGUCCGUUACAUGCGCAGUGUGCACAACAUUUCCAUUGAACGGGCGUGGCUCCGACUGCGCCUUGACUGGGGUAAUAACGCCCAUAGUGUCUACACCAAGGGGCUGGAAGAGAACGUCUUCAACACCACGGAUGCCUUUCAAGUGGCCCUAGUCCGUUGGCUCUGGUCCCGGAUGCUCCAGCGAACUCUCGAUGAGUUUUGCACUUUCAGAAACGGGGCAAAGAUGCGCAAGGACAAAGACAAGGCCGGUCCUUCAGGGUGCUCUCGAGACGAAGCCUUCAUCUUCUACGAGGAGUGGGGCGGGCAGAAUUUGCUCCAGCCACUCGAAGAUGAUCAGCUGGAGGUUGUCCGAGACCUCCAGAGGGCUAUGGGUGGCGAAGACCUCCUUAAGUUUGUGGAAGAUGAACUGGCAGCUCAAUUCGAGGACGCUCUCGCAAAUCAGCUGGGGCUAACUAUAGCCGACGUCAGUACUGCGAAUGUCUGGGAUGUCUUUAGAGCCCUUCGAGUAGCCCUCACUCCUUUAGAUUAG